UAAUAAUAAGUAAUAAGUUUUGUUUUCCACAAUGGUGAAUUUCAAUAAUCCCACGAAAAUAAUGGUGAAUCGUUGCAUGGAGCUGCUGAACGCGAAAAUAGCAAACGCCCGGACCCAACAUAUUGCCAAGCGAGCAGCCGUCCAGCGGUUCAUUCCACGAACCGUGGACACGAAGGCAAUGUACCGCGAGCGUCAGAAGGCUAAGAAUUAUGAAGUCAGCAAACGACUCUCGAUGUGGGAACAGGACAAUGGUCAGGCUUUUGAUACUACAAAGAAUACCCGACUGGAUCACUUGCACUACAAGCACCAUAAAGUUAAUGAGCGCACAUAUCAUUGUACUUGGGCCAAUUUUCCAGAGGAUCACAGAGUAAGGCAAUAGGCGCCAAUUAAACGCUGCAGGACUGGACAGAUAUCGCAUACCGCACAGCCUUGGCUUCGUUAGUCAGUGGAACAAUAACAAAAAAUCACGAUCCAACGCAAUAGGUCUUGUAAAAAAUAAAGAAAAAUUUAUUGGAAAA